AUGAUUUUUGCGACCGUGCGUCACGAGCACCCAGAGCGCGUCGCCACCAGCACUGCUGCCUGUGGAGCGUGCGACGUGGACACUUCGCUGGGCCGGGUGGGCUCUGUGCAGUUUUUUGCCCGGACUUGGCGGAUGGGACGGCUAAGCAUGGCGUUUUGUAUCGGGCGGUCGGCUCGCCAGGGCCGGCUCGUGAUACGGACUGAAAGUACGGAGCAGAUGUGA